AUGAAAGGUGAAACUAUGAAAAACUUCCUUAAAUUAUCUAUAGAAGAACCGAAAUUACUUCCACCCUCUCACUGUUGGGUUCUCCUAGAGCCGAAUGCUCUCCGUCAGCAUAUUCACAACCUACAGGAGAGUGAUUCGAAAUUACAUUUGUUAUUGUCCUGGAGAGAUGUAAAUCAUAGAUUUUGGCAAUGGAUUCGUAGUGUUCUAAUUGUUCAUGAAAAUAAUUUGCCUGAAACUCUUCCAAAUAAAUGGGUAUCUGACCCUGCUUGUGAAUUUAUUGAGCUUGUUACAAGACUGUGUAACUCUAUGAGUCAUUUUAAUGUCGAAUACUCUCAUCUUUUAAAUGAUGCUAAGCCAGGUCUGUGUAAAAAUCUCAUAAUGAACGAGGGUCUUAAUUCUACUGAGGAUAUUUUGUCAUAUAUACACAAAGAAUUGCUCAUUCUCACAGAUCUUGUAAUGUUUGCAAACUUUCCCACUGAUACUGGAUUAAUGCCAUAUAAUUUCCUGUAUAAUAUUGUAAACGAUGAAAAAGAGCCUUUCGAAAAGGAAGACAAGUUUGGUUUAAACUUCACUUUGGAAGAUGAAUGUGCUAAAUUAAAGUUAAUUGUAGAUAAACUGAAAACAGAAUGUGAAGGCGUCAAAUACAACUUAGCUCAAGAAUUGCAAAAAGCAGUGUUAAAAGCUGGCUUGUUACUUAAUAUUCAACUCGUCUUUACUAUUUAUAUUUUUACUUUGCAAAAAUUCCAGAAUAAGGUAUCGUUAGGAAUCAAGGAAUCUUGUGGGUUUCAGUAUAUUGAUCGUGAUCGGUUACUUUUGGCUGUUCAAAUCGCGAAACGGGAUGCUAGAUGCUUAUCUUCUAGUAAAAUUGAAGACGAUGGAUACAUUCCUGAAACAGCUCAAAAUUUCAACAUCAGUUCCCUUUCGUCUCCAGUUGACAAUCUUCUUGUCCAAAAACCAACUCAAGUUGUUAGAAGUACUGAUCAGAAGUAUAAAUCAAUUUUGAGUAAACCUAGAAUACUUCCCUCAAGAAAUGACUUCUAUCAGACUACACGCAAACUUGCAACUAAUACACAUUAUCAAACAUUUGACGACAAGGCACCAGCUUGUAGUGAUUCUCCUCCAAUACGGGAUACAGAUACCUGGACGCCGAAUCGUAAGCGUGCUCUUCAUGAACCAACUGAAAAGCAGCUCAGAAAUUCACAGGAAUCUAGAAUACGUCAACUACAAACCAAGUUAUCUCAAUAUUCAGAUGCAUUAGAAGAACUUCGGGCAAAGUGUUUGUCAAAUAAAGCUCAAUCUCAAGAAUUAGGAUCAACUUGUAAAGUGCGGAAGAAGUCACUUUUAAAAAUCCCUGCAAAUAAUUCAAAAUCAGUAAUCUCAUCUAUUAUACGUCCAAAAUCAUCAGCUUUACGUUCUCACUUAGUUUGUAAACCGAAUACACGAAAUUCUAGUAAAAUAAUAAAAUCUCAUUCAUUUAAUGGUGUCAACUUAACUCAUGAUAAUUGUCCAAUGUCUCCAACUUCCAUUUCAAUCAAUGCUAGAGAUCAUUAUGAUUCAAAGGUAUCUUCACUUUGGGAGCAAGCUAUUAAUUCACUGAACUUAGAUGGGUCUAGUGCUGUUACUUGUCAACCUGGAGAGUAUCUAAAGAAUCAGAGUCCAGUGAAAUCCUUGUGUGGAAUUGCUGAUGACCAACACAUUCAGAACUCAUCUAACCAGCUUACCAUCAACACGAUAAAAUCAAAUCUUGAUGAUUGUCGCGUACUUUGUUCUGCUGCUCAAGAACUUUUAAAACAAAUUGAUGAAGCUGAAUUAGAAGAGAAUGCUAUUCGUCAACGAUGGGCUAAUAAAUUAACUUAUAUUCAUGAUGACAGAAAAUUGCUGAAUAAUUUUCCUUUUGCCAAGAAAGAUGAUUCAGUAUGUAACAAUCAUAAAUCAGAUGUACUUUCAUUAUUGAAUGAUAGAUCUCAAUUGCAACAAAAUGACAAGUCAAUUAUCCGUCCUCAUACCUCAACGUUUCAAUUUCCAAAAAAUGAAGCUUACUCGAAGGUGAAAUCAGAUUGUAAUCUUGUUGAUAAGAAAUCCAGUCCUCUUGCUCACUUUCAUCCACUUAUUCUUCCGGUUAAAUUACAUCGUCAGUUAUUGCAAUCGAAAUCCAGACAAGAUGUACACGCUAAAAACAUUUGGUUUUAUUUACUUCCUACCACAACUUUUAACAAUUUGCCAGAUAUUCCCGUUAUUCGUGUUUGUGAAGACCUUACCAAUGAUUUGAUUCAAGAAGCAGUUGAUGAACUAUAUCAGACUAUUGAUCGUGCAGCUUCUGAAUUAGUCGAUGAAUUAAUUAAAGCGGAACUUCUCCCAGAAGCACCUGAUAUAACCUUAUCAUUUGAUAAGUGUGAUGAUGAUCCACAUGGUUUGUCUACACCUGCAUUGUUUCAUCAAUCAGAUUUAUUAGUUCAUGAAUUCGAUGCUCCGGUGGUAUAUAAAAACUGUAGUGAAAACCAAACGACCUCUAAUGUUACAUCAAUACUUGAAAUUCAACAAGAAUCUAGCAUUUCUAAUGAUGAAUCAGUAAAUAGACUGUCGAAUUCUGAACACACUUGUAGUAUUAGUGAAGAUAUCAGCGAAAAAUAUACUUCAGAAUUCGAAGAUGAUACUGUUUCUUAAUUACAAAUUUUAGACAUAUUUGAGUGACUUUAAAAUACGUUCCUCAAGGAUUGUAUUUCUCAUCACUUGAAAUUAUAUGCAAUUUCUUCGUUUAUGCUAAUAAAAACUACAUUUCCUUUUUGUAUCCACAUAUGGUAUUUGACUAAUUUUUAAAACGUUUUUAACUACUUUUUCAAUGAAGAUAUUUGUUUAUUUAAAUUAAUUAUUUAAUUUCUAUGAUAUAUCAUCACGAACCAACAUUGUCUGCGUAAUCAGUGAAAUAUAUAAGGAGUACUGGAUGGAUACAUUUUUCGUCCAUAUUUUGGAUAUGAUAACAGUAUGGACUAACAGCCUCACACAAAAGCUGAACCAAAAAUUAUCUGAUUUCACGAUGAUCAUGAAACAUUCACACUACUGUGUCACCAUUUAAUCAUUAUGAUGUUCAUCAUCAUUAGUAGUAAGAUUCAAGAUGGAUUUCUCGAAAUUCUGACAGAAAUUCCUCACUAAUUCAGUCAACCAAACGAUUCAAAUGAGUAACUGAUUGAUAACAUCCAAUGAAAUAUCACAUUACCAGUGAUCAUUAGUUGUUUGAAGUUGAAAAACUACUGGCUUAGAAACCCUAUACUUGUUGUGAAUCCUGAUGGUUCUGUUUUGUCUUUUGUACACAAUUAUUAAAAGUCCCCCAUCAUCAAAAAAAGAGUGAUGGAUAAUAUUUUAAUUAUCUCUUGUUCCCUCUGCUUUUUCACUAUUAAUACUUAAAGCCUAACUGUGUUCUAAUAUUGAUAAAUUUUUGUUGUACAUCGAAAGCUGAUGUUUUAUUGAUCAAAUUAUUAUUGAGAUGAAAUUGUGUAUCAUUUCGUCAUGUUGUUAUUCUCUGUAUCGUUUUUUUAAACCUUUUAAAUAAAUUUUUGUAGUCCAU